CCCAGCUAGCGGCAGCACUGUGAGCCUGUUUACCAGAAACUAACCGCUAUUUUGCGACAUAGGCGCUGCGGUUAAGACCAAAUUGAGGCAUUUUACUUUAGCUAAGAUAUGACUUCACCAGCAUUUCGUCGAGCGUGUCUAAAACGACAGAAACGUGUGCCGGUAGAUAGCUAGGUUAACGUGAAGACAAAAAGGGCAUCUCUCUGUCUUUGACCGAGCAGCCCGAUCGCAAUCUUCAGAUGACAGUUUCUGUGUAAACGUCAGUGUGUAAACCAGCACCACAAAACCGUCCGCUGCUCCCCGGACCCGCCGGUCCUGGUUACUAUAAAAGCAGGGGAGAGGAAACCACCAAACUGUCAAAAUGAAAUUCACAGAGCAUCUCUCAGCCCACAUCACCCCGGAGUGGAGAAAGCAGUACAUCCAGUAUGAGGCUUUCAAAGAGAUGCUAUAUGCUGCUCAGGACCAGGCCCCAUCUAUUGAAGUCACAGAUGAGGAUACAGUUAAGAGGUACUAUGCCAAGUUUGAGGAGAAAUUCUUCCAGACCUGUGAAAAAGAACUGGCCAAGAUCAACACCUUCUACUCUGAAAAGCUGGCUGAGGCUCAGCGACGAUUCGCCACGCUGCAGAACGAGCUGCAGUCAUCUUUGGACGCCCAGAGGGAGAGCUGGGCUAACGGGCGGGGCCUGAGGAGGAGGAAGACAGUAUUCGCCCUGUCGCAGCAGGAGCGAUGCAAGCACAGAAACAUAAAGGACCUGCAGCUGGCCUUCUCCGAGUUCUACCUCAGCCUCAUACUGCUGCAGAACUAUCAGAACCUGAACUUCACAGGUUUCAGGAAGAUCCUGAAGAAGCAUGACAAGAUUUUGGAGACGUCGAGGGGGGCUGACUGGAGGGUGGCCCACGUUGAAGUGGCUCCGUUUUACACAUGCAAGAAAAUCACACAGCUCAUCUCUGAGACCGAGGCGUUGGUAACAACCGAAUUGGAAGGUGGUGACAGGCAGAGGGCCAUGAAGAGGCUGAGGGUUCCUCCUCUGGGAGCUGCACAGCCUGCUCCUGCUUGGACCACCUUUAGAGUCGGCCUGUACUGCGGAGUGUUCCUCGUCUUAAUAGUCACUGUGGUCAUUACAGGAGCUGUGGUGAUCCGUAGUGCUGAUGUUUGGCCUAUGGUCAGGAUCUACAGAGGAGGCUUCCUAUUAAUAGAAUUCCUCUUCCUGUUAGGCAUCAACACCUACGGCUGGAGGCAGGCAGGAGUUAACCAUGUGCUCAUAUUCGAACUCAACCCCAGAAACAACCUGUCCCACCAACAUCUGUUUGAGAUUGCAGGUCUGUUGGGGGUGCUGUGGUGCGUCAGCCUGCUGUCCUGUCUGUUCAGUGAUAGCAUCCUGGUACCAAUGCAGGCUAACCCUUUGGCUCUGUAUGGCCUCUUCCUCCUCUUCCUCAUCAACCCCUUCAAGACCUGCUACUACAAGUCACGCUUCUGGCUGCUCAAACUCUUGUUUCGAGUGGUGACGGCUCCAUUUCAUCGCGUCGGCUUCGCAGACUUCUGGCUGGCUGACCAGUUGAACUCUCUGGGCGUGGUCCUGAUGGAUCUGGAGUACAUGAUCUGUUUCUACAGUUUUGAACUGGACUGGAAAAAACACGAUGGACUCAUCAGCAGUUCAGGCAAAGAUGUGUGUAAUUCCUACUCCUACGGCGUCCGUGCGGUGAUCCAGUGUCUUCCUGCUUGGUUCCGAUUCGUCCAGUGCCUGCGACGUUACCGUGACACCAAACGGGCCUUCCCUCACCUGGUUAAUGCUGGGAAAUACUCCACUUCCUUCUUUGUUGUCACCUUUGCAGCCCUAUACAGCACACAUAAAGCUGAAGCCCACGCUGACGCCCAGAUCUUCUUCUACUUGUAUAUCAGCUGCUUGGUGGUCAGCUCAUGUUACACACUGGUCUGGGAUCUGAAGAUGGACUGGGGCCUGUUUGACCGCAACGCAGGAGAGAAUACCUUUCUGAGAGAGGAGAUAGUCUACCCACAUAAGGCCUAUUACUACAGUGCCAUAGUGGAGGAUGUGCUGUUACGUUUUUCUUGGACUUUAACUGUCUCCCUCAGCACAGUCUCUGGGUUUCACGGCAUCUCUGACAUACUGGCAACUAUACUGGCCCCAAUGGAGGUCUUUAGGCGCUUCGUGUGGAACUUCUUCCGAUUGGAGAACGAACACCUGAAUAACUGUGGUGAGUUCAGGGCCGUCAGAGACAUCAGUGUGGCUCCGCUCAAUGCUGACGACCAGACCCUGCUGGAGCAGAUGAUGGACCAGGAGGAUGGAGUCAGGAACCGGCAGGGCAAGAAGAGCUGGAAGAGGAGCUACAGCAUGAGUCUACGCAGGCCACGACUGGCCUCACAGUCCAAGACCCGUGACACCAAGGUUUUGAUAGAGGACACCGAUGAUGACUCCUGACAUCAGGCCACGCCCCUCGCCUGGGUCCAGAAUUUAUUCAAAGGAGGAAACUCCACCUCCUAACCGAGGAAUUUCCCAGCGAGUUGGGCAUUGAACUCUCAACCACGAACAAGUUUGAAACUCUCAUGCCUAUAUAAUCCUGUCUCCGAUGCAUGAGCCUCUGCUUGGGUUCAGAACUAUUUCAAGUUGGGAACUUGCACCUCUUGAACAAACUACCCAGCAACAUGGUCAUUGAACUCCUACUCCUACCUUCAAUAAUAAACAGGGGUGGGCUUAUUACUUAAACUCUACCUUACCCAAGCAGUGGGUGAAGAACUUUGCUUACAUCCACAGCCACCCACAGGUGGACUCUUUAAACAAACCCUCUCCUUAGCCAUUGCUUGGGCUCUCCACAAAGCCUCAGCCAAGCAUGAACAACGCAGCUAAAUGGAACGCAAGCCGAUCACCCUGACAGGAAGUGUCCCUGCUCCCUCUCGGUGCCACACAGCCCCCACACAGGGAGAGGCCAACAACUUCAGUCCUACUGCUGAUGAGGACCAAAAGGUUUUCUCCCUGCCUUUAGCUAUUAGUUUCCACCUACACCUCCUGCAUCCAGGUAGCGAAAAGCAUUCAAUAAAUGAUGUACCAUUCGCACCUCAACAGAUCUCAAGUCAACCUGCAAUUUGGACGUCAGAAUGAACCUAAAGCCCCCUUUUUUUCCCCAAUAAGAAAAUGAAAAGGGUUGAAAAGUGUCCUCUUCCUCCUUUUUGGUGACUUUUCAGGCCUCGUGACCCUUGGCGUUUACACCGGCCAACAGACUAUGCUGAUGAAUAUUUGAUAACGCCAAUUAGUCACUGGCUUGACUCCCUCGCUCUUCAAGCUUGCCCCUUCAAAUCAUCACAGAGCUGCCUACCUGCACCUUACACGCUUUAGAGACACACACACACACACACAGACAAACGCACACAUAUAUACAGAAACGCACUUUGUAGGAAGAGUGGAGUGGAACGGCUGUGGUGUGUUGACACACACACAAACAGUGAUUUAAUAUGUUUUAGUGUUCAUGGAUGUGCAACACUGAGACCUUGGGAAGAAAACACACGUACAUAGACUCAUGAUUAUUUGUAACCAUGGUUGUAAAUAUGAGACGGACCAAAGUAGGAAGUGGUUUGAAAAUAUUCAGAAAUAUCAAAUACUCCUUAAAAAAAUUGCAAAGUGCUGAGUUCAGACUGUGUGGAACAGCCGCUGGAAUGACUGUUCAGCUCUGCAGCUGAGAAGGAAAUUUUACUCUUGUUUCCGGAAAAACAUGAAGAUUAUCUUAAUCAUCCAGCAGUAACUCCCAGUCACCCCAUGUGGAAAGAGUAUACUCCAUUUGGAAAAAUGUUUUGCUGAAUGUACGCCAGCUUUUUCAUGUGUGUUUGAGUGGGAGAGAGACGCCUAAAUACCGCCUGUCAGUCCAUGUUUUUGGUAACUUAAAGACGAGUCUCAAGAAAUUUUUAUGUUGUCCCUGAAAAAAUGAAGACUUUUGGUUAAUGAUUUUCAUCUGUUUCACCUUACACGAAAAGGGAGGAGGUCACCUGUCUGUCACAUAAGGGUCCAAACUGUCACAAUCAAAGGGGAUGGUGUAGUUCAACUUCCAGCUGGUGUGGUGUUACAGAAGGAUCAUAUGGGUGUGAGUCUGAUAAGUUUACACUCAUGAGGUGUGUGCUGGUGUAACUCAGGUUCCAUAAACACUCCAAGUGUUGGUUUAAAGAAAUGUUGUUACCUCAAUGGCAGAGAGAACCAGGACUUUAUUUGAUUUGUUAUUCCUGAUUUCCUCUGCUUCCCAGUUGAUGCAAACUCUUUCUCUUCUUUGAAAAAAUGUUUUCAUUCAUCGGUUUAUUCCAGUCCAGUCAUUUUUCCAUUUUCCACCACUGUUGCUACCCUACCAUCAAUGAAACUCUGCACUUGCUGCAGAAUGAUACAUUAAAAGUAUUCCUGCCUCUUUCUGGUGGGCUUUUAAUGUGUUUCAUUGACUGCAGCUUAACAUUGUUAGGAAAAGUGGAAAAGUGGAAAAGAGAAACUCAGCGCAGCAGAGUGGAAUUAGUUCCGUGGAAAUGUACGUUAUGCUUCAUUUUUGAACCACUGUUUGAGUUUAUGAGAAUUUACAGUAACUUUCUUAAAUGGCUGGCAGUUUUAGGGGCUUGGCUGUGGUUUGGUGUGUUUGUUCCUCCAUACUUCGACAAAGUCAUCAUCAGUAAUGGGUUACACACAAUCACCAUCACAUCAUCUGCAUAUUGGUUAACUCAUGUCAGAGACACUUUGCCCUGGUGGCCACACUGCAGCCACUGGUGUCAGUCUGUGCUGUCAAAUCGUUAGAGCUACAAAAUAAAGCAAUCUUCCAUUGUUGGGUGAAGACAGGUAGUUGCGAUUACACUGGAAAAUAUUUUUUGAACAGGGCAAAGAUUCACAUUUUGUUGCCCUUUUUUCACAUUCCCACUGUGGUUGACACACUGAUCAGAGGUUCACUGGUUAGUCCAACAUCAGCUCAUGUUGUGAUCUUAAUUGAACUGAGAGAAUGUUGUUUAGUUGUGGAGGUUCUGUUUAGGUUUUAUUUUUUUCUACUCACUGGUUUUAUUAAUCAGCCAUUUAACACAAACAUUCUGCUUCGCCGUAAUGAAUUUCUUAAUAGCUUGAAAAGAGUAAAUGAGACUGACUGUAGUCUGAAAUCCUUCAGAAAGCCCUGAUUGAAGUCAGUUACCAGCGAGCAAUAAAUCUCUCAAGGAUUAUGUGCACUUUAAAGCCAAACUUUAUGGAGCUCGCUAAAAUAUACAGUAGAACAACUGUUUGAGGACUGAGCCUGUUUCAUUUGGGUCUCUAACAUGAGAAAAUGCACUAGUCAUCUGUCACUCAGUGAUCUAGCUAGUAGGGAUACCAGAGCUAUUGCCAGUUUAGUCAAUUAAAUGUUGAAUGAACAAAGAUUUUUUUUAACGAUAUUUCUUAAUGUUUUAAACUCGACCAGCUUCUUGUGCCAAGUUUUUGAUUUGUUGAGGUCCCUAAGCUGAGUGAAUUGAACUCACUUUCAGUUCAUUUGAGAAACAAACCUGUUUUCCUAAUGUCCACAAUCAUCCCUUACUGCAUGCUAACGUUCCCAUAUCGCCAGGUUUUCUUAUUCACACGUGUGUUGGAUUUUUGCUGUUUAGUAACAGCAGAUGCAGACAAAUAUGUUGCAUUCAAUAUGAUAAAGAACAUUGUAGGCCAUUAGUAAUAUGAAAUAUGUAUAAUAACACAAGAAUAACUAUAAAAAGAAGCAACAUUUGAUAAGUCUAAAGAAGUAGAGGGCAAAUGGACAGAAGUAGUGAGGAUUUGAUGUGGUAGCUUGGCUCAGUGGAAACACUGAUGUCCUGUGUGAGCUGAGAGGAGCUUCUGUUUGACACGAUGCUUGUUCAUGCAGCAUGUCUUGCACUGCUUCCACCUGCUUGACAGUCGAAGUGAUCACAUUUCCUGGUGAUUACUGACAAGGUCCACUGAUAAGCCAGUAGGUCACACAACAUUAAACAUGUUAAAAUCUUAGCCGGAUCAUCUGUGCUGGUUGCAGAUGUCUACAAAGAUUCAGACAUAGUCAGUGAGUUUUAUGGUUUUGUCCUUUUCUUUGUAUUGCACCACAUUUUGAGUGUUGUCUUUUUGUCACUAUUCUUCUUUUUGCACCUUGAUAUGUGGAUGACCUGCUCUAUCAUUCCAUACCAUGGAGCUGCAUACAGCCUAGCCCCUUUGCUCUCUCUCCUCACCCCAAACAUCAUGGGUACCCGGGUUCAAACCAGCAGCUUUAAGGGUCGGUCACACCAGAAUUGAUAACAGUGAAAGGGUGCUGCAGUUUCAAUUAAUUACUAUAUAAUUGACCUAAUCACUGAAUUAGCUUGUGGCUCAUUGAGGUCUACUAUGACCAAUGAAUUUGUGGCAUUGACCAAUAGCAAGCUCUUUUGACAGUGCUGACCUUUGAGGGAAUGGAGAGUCUAAAAUGGAGGAAGCUGUCACAGCUUAUUUUCCAUAUUUCCUACGACCAGAUAUUUUGAGUCUUGCCGGGCCACUUUGUGGUGUGACCGGGCCUUUACGGUGCUACAGUAUUGGUCGCUGAUAUUGUAAGGUGACAAUCAGUCUUUGGCUGUGCAGGAAGUAGCUCAGUGUUCAUAAUAACUUCUGUGCCCAUCCAGGAUGAAGCUAUAAACUGAGAUAAGCUUGAAUUAGAAAAUGUUGAUCUUAAAAGAUUUAAACUGAAAACGUUAUCCAGUUUUACACUUAAAGUCUUAGGUCUUGAAAAUUCGUGUAAAAUUCCUCAGAGGGUUUACAGACCAGGUGCAACUUUCCAACAACUGUCAUGAAAUGUUUCUUGAUACAACUGAGCUGUUGCGCAUCAUUUCAGAGGUGAACUGCUCUCUGGUUUCACUUUGUCUUGCUUUCGACAAUGAAGCACCUCCAAGCUUUGCCUUGUGUUGCACCACUGGAGCUCAGGGUUCCUUUCUCUUUCACACACACACACACACACAGCUGGAAACAGCACUGGCCUCCUCUUUAUGUGUAUAGCUGUUUAUCAGAGGACAUUCCUACACAAGCUUUGAAAUGAGGGUGCUGCCUAUGCUACUUUCUGUCUUCUUAAAUCUCCAUGCAACAGACACAAUCCACUCCAUCCAAAGAGGACAGUUCUGAUUUUAAAUGCAGUGCAUUUGUUACAGACUUUUAUUUUGUAAUUCCUCAGGUUUUCAUGUUACUUUAGAAGAAAUUUGAGCAUUAUAAAGCCAUUCCUGUGGUAAUUCUGUAGUGUCAGGAGAGCAGAGGGUGAUAAGAGGUAUACUCAGGACAUUGUGAGCACAUUUGCACCUUAGCCUGCUAAUUCAUAAGCAGCACGGGCACUUCCUGACUUCCUGCCAAUUCUUCUUUUUUUUUUUUUCUUUGUUGACAGCAGUUAUUUUAUGAAUGUACCAUUUGAAACCUCACUCAACGAAUGUACACCAGAGGUCUGCUUUAGGUAGCAGAGCAACCAAUGAGGUCAUUUCACACAUUUUUUCAUUUUUAUUUUGUUGAAUGCGCACAGUGGGUGAUAGAAUGAUCCCCCACACCUUUGUGUUCCAUCACUACCACAGCCAAGCCCAGCAGUGUCGCAUGCUUCAAUUGUUCUGACUCUGAACUCAACAUUUUAACAUUUUUUAGCUGCAGGCAGGCUGACCACACUCUGACCGAAUAUGGACCGUAAUUAUUCUCUCUUUGGUCUUUUUUUUCUGCAUUCCAGACAAUGACUCUCUCCCCAUUACACGUGAACACCACACAGCUUUUAUGUGAAGAUGUGACAGACGGGUGAAUCCCCUUUUUCUAAAAGUCAGUGAAAUGAAAUCCGUCUUUAGAGGGUAGGGCUGGAUAUUGAUCGUCAGUACUUUUUGGUACCACUGGAAAUGUAACUUUAGCAUAGAGUAUCAAAAGUUAGCAUAAUAUAUCUGGUUUAUGAAAUUUGAUUUUAUUGGCAAAUAAAAAAAGAAAAAAGAGUUGUAUAGGACGCCAUGAUUAUAUUUCCCCAAGCAGUGUACCCAAACUGCAGUACUGUCUCUGCACUAUUAAAAGUUGUGAGCGGUGGGAUGUGCAGGACCAAACAGAAGUUCUUUCAAAAUGUCUUUGGAAUGUUUCAACAUAACUCUUUUCAACACGCUGAUUUGACAACAUUUCACAUUUUGCUGGUUGGUUUUGACCAAGAUCUCAUCAGCUGCUUCACAACAAAGCUACUCAGUGGGCCUCAUGCAAGAGAAUGUUCGUAUCCUGUAUAGCUUUGUGUUAAGUUUAUUUUAAUUAUGUAUUUUAUUUUAGUUGGUAUCAUAUUUAAACUCCACAUGUAUUCAGGUGAAGGCUUUUAAGUCAAAUUAGUGGGCUUUUCCCCUCUGUGGAGAGACCUGGUACAACAGGUCUCCACCACUCAUGGCUUUUUUUCCCGCCUAUGAGAAAAUUCUAAGACGUGAUAAGUUCUCUUAAAUUGCUCGUUCAUGCCUCAGGAAGGAUUCCGUUCAUACAAGCAGUUCUUGCAUGAGGCCCAGUGUCUCUUCAGACGUCCAGAGGAGACCGUCAGAUGCAGGUGUAGAAGUUCUGUAGUGAAGCAAUCCUCACUAUGUUGAAGAGAAUCGAGUGAAAUGAUUGGAUGGAAAGGCCUUGAGCACUUUCAGCCCCAACAAAACAUUGCAAAAUGUUUAUUGAAAUGGAAACAGUGGUGCGUUGAACGCCCUGUUGUGUUACACAAGCGCACUGCCUUUUUAAUGCACGUCACUGCUGAUUAGGUAACACCUCUGACACACCCACCAAAUGAGAGAAGACGUACCUCAAAGCCUGUUACACACCGAUUAAAUGGCCCCUGAUGCUCUGAACAGUCAGUUAUGCUUUGAUGAAGUCGAGCAUCUUGUUCUGCUCUGCAGGGGAAGCAACACAACAGUUAGCUCAGAGGUUUUCUGUGCUCAGAUCUGUAUGUGUCAAUAGGAAAGCAGGGUUGUUUGCUAAGCCUGUAUUUAGUUUCCCAGGGCAACUUGUCCACUCUUCAGGUCUGGGACAUCCCAGCUGCUGGUGUUGUUGCAAACUUUUUGAAGGUUUUUUCUCAAGCGAAAGGUCACGAAUUUCAAAAGUUUGAUCUUUGAAAUCAUUUGGUGUUCGGUGGUCCCGCCCUGUGAGAAUACUGUGUGUUCUCUUAUGUGUUUGGAAAACCUGUUCUGUUUUGUACACACCAGUCAUCCUCCAGUUCCCACUGGAGCUCUGGGCCUGGAACAUGGAGCCUCUCGGAGGACGAGGGACAUGAUUUAUUUCAGACAUGAAGCCAUGCUGUUAACCCAUUUAUUGUUGUUUUAUACCACAAACUUGUUGCUUUUUUUUAAAGUAAUUUGGUCUGAUCAAUUCAGCUGAGACCCUUGAUGAUCUGAGACCCUUCAUGCUUCAAUGGCCCAAACCUUUCUGUGUGGAACAAGUAGGUUGAGAGAAACAAACACAACUCAACCUGGAUCAAAAUUCUCUGACAUCCAUUAAAGUUAAAGCAAAACUUUUACUGGAAUAAAAUGGAGCCUAAAGCCAAAAUGAGACAGUUUUGUAGUUAGUCUCCAUGUACCAGAACCAGUGCAUUUCUGGGACUGACCACACAGACGUUUUGAUCCACGUUCUGACCCCACCAUGGUGUGACCCGGAGCUGUUGAUUAUACAAUACAUUAUCUAUUGAUGAAUAUACUGAUUAGAAGCAUUGUAUAAUCGGUGACUGUGCUGUGGGUGUUGUCUUGUAUGUACAGUAGCAGCGUGAUGCUACAGAGGUGCCUGGUUCACCAACCCCUGUUACAGUUUUUCAGUAAAAACAGCUAA